GUUCCGGAGUAGAGUGUCUGGCAGCCUUUGCUGGAGCCGCGAUGCAGCCGCCGCCCCGAAAAGUGAAGCCAGCCCAGGAGGUGAAACUUCGCUUUUUGGAGCAGCUGAGCAUCCUUCAGACCCGGCAACAGAGGGAGGCGGAUCUACUGGAGGACAUCAGAUCCUACAGCAAGCAGAGGGCAGCCAUUGAACGGGAGUAUGGGCAGGCACUCCAGAAGCUGGCCGGGCCAUUCCUGAAGAGAGAAGGACAGCGAAGUGGGGAGGUAGACAGCAGGGGCAGGACAGUGUUUGGUGCCUGGCGCUGCCUUCUGGAUGCCACUGUGGCUGGAGGCCAAACCCGACUCCAGGCGUCUGACCGAUACCGCGACCUAGCAGGGGGUACUGGGAAGAGUGCCAAGGAGCAGGUGCUUAGGAAGGGGACAGAGAGCCUCCAGCAGGCACAGGCUGAGGUGCUACAGUCUGUCCGGGAGCUGAGCCGAAGCCAGAAGCUCUAUGGGCAGCGGGAGCGUGUCUGGGCCUUGGCCCAGGAGAAGGCUGCCGAUGUCCAGGCCAGGCUGAACCGAAGUGACCACGGUAUCUUCUACUCUCGGACCAGCCUCCAGAAACUGAGCACCAAGCUGUCUGCCCAGUCAGCCCAGUAUUCCCAGCAGUUGAGAACAGCCCGCAAUGAGUACCUGCUCAAUUUGGUGGCCACCAAUGCUCACCUGGCCCACUACUACCAAGAGGAGUUGCCAGCUCUGCUCAAGGUCCUGGUAAGUGAGCUGUCAGAAUACUUGAGGGACCCCCUGACUUUAUUGGGACACACAGAGCUGGAAGCUGCAGAGAUGAUCCUGGAACAUGCCCGACAUGGGGGGAAAGCAACCUCUCAGGUAAACUGGGAGCAAGAUGUGAAGCUGUUUCUUCAGGGGCCUGGAGUCUUUUCUCCCACCCCACCUCAGCAGUUCCAACCAGCAGGGGCUGAUCAGGUGUGUGGCCUGGAGUGGGGAGCAGGAGGCAUGGCUGGAGAGAGUGGCCUGGAGAAAGAGGUUCAGCGCUGGACAAGCAGGGCUGCCCGAGACUACAAGAUCCAGCAUCAUGGGCUUCGGGUCCUGCAGCGACUGGAGCAGAGGCGUCAGCAGGCUCUAGGGCGGGAGGCUCCAGGCAUUGAGCAGCGGCUACAGGAAGUGAGGGAGAACAUCCGACGGGCACAGGUAAGCCAGGUGAAAGGGGCCGCCCGGCUGGCCCUGUUACAGGAGGCUGGUCUCGAUGUACAGCGCUGGCUGAAGCCAGCCAUGACGCAAGCCCAGGAUGAGGUGGAACAGGAGCGGCGACUUAGCGAAGCUCGACUGUCCCAGAGGGACCUCUCUCCCACGGCUGAGGAUGCCGAGCUUUCUGACUUCGAUGAAUGUGAGGAGGCUGGGGAGCUCUUUGAGGAGCCUGCCCCACCAGCCCUGGCUACCAGACCCCUCCCCUGCCCUGCACAUGUAGUGUUUGGCUAUCAGGCAGGACGUGAGGAUGAACUGACCAUCACAGAGGGUGAGUGGCUGGAGGUCAUUGAGGAAGGAGAUGCUGAUGAAUGGGUUAAGGCUCGGAACCAGCAUGGUGACGCAGGCUUUGUCCCUGAGCGAUAUCUCAACUUCCCGGAUCUCUCCUUUCCUGAGUGCCGCCAUGGUAGCGACAAUCCCUCAGGAGCAGAGCCCACAGCAUUCUUGGCACGCGCUCUGUACAGCUACAUGGCACAGAGUGAAGAGGAGCUAAGUUUUCCUGAGGGGGCUCUCAUCCGCCUGUUGCCCAGGGCUCAAGAUGGAGUGGACGAUGGCUUCUGGAGGGGAGAAUUUGGGGGGCAUGUUGGAGUCUUCCCAUCUCUCCUGGUAGAGGAACUGCUUGGCCCCCCAGGGCCACCUGAACUCUCUGACCCUGAGCAGAUGCUGCCAUCCCCGUCUCCUCCCGGCUUCUCCCCUCCAGCACCCACCUGUGCCUUGGACGGAUCCCCUGCACCUGCUCUGCCCUCUGACAAAGUCCUAGACUGCCCCGGACCCCUAGACAUGCUGGUGCCUCGACUCAGGCCGAUGCGUCCACCACCUCCCCCACCAGCCAAAGCCCCGGAUCCUGGUCAUCCCGAUCCUCUCACUUGAAGGCCAGGAGUCACUGUCCCCCAGUGAUGCUGCUGCCCCUGUCUCCAUGCUGACAGAAACCACCCCUCAGUGGUCUGGAGCGACAUAGGCAAAAGCUGCAAUCUUUCCCGAUGUUCAUUCUCAUCUCCAGGGGUAGAAACUUACCCUGUUCCCAUUUCUGGGAUUUGAACCCAUGCCUCCCCCAUUCUUCUCCUGUCAUUUCUGGAAGUACCCCGUUGCCUUCUUGCCAUCACCCCAUAUCUAAGGUGGUAAAAUACCACAACAUCUCUGGGGCUGGAACCCAUCUCCCAAAGCCUUCACGGCUCUGGCUCAUCUGUGUCUUCAUCCUGCCUCUGUGGUCAGCCCCACCCUGAAUGCCAGGGUCAGUAGGCCUGGGGCCAGGAGAGGAGCAGACCUCGGGAGUCAGAAGGAGCUGGAGCCAGGAUGCAAAGCAACUGUAAUGGUCUGAGCGGAUUUAUUGACAGUGAAUAAAGGGCAUGAAGUCCAAGCCAGGGCCUGGGCCUCUUGUGCCAAGAUGGCA